AUUGAAAAAAAAGCAAUUAUUCUAACUGCUUUCUUGUAGACGAAAUAUUGUACGAAAGUCAAUAGGACAACUUUCUCUGAAGAACGAACAACAAGUAGUAACUGCACCACCAGACAAUUACCUCAAUAUCGCUCACAGACAGAUUCAACCAACUCAAAGCACCAUUGUCCAAACACUACCUUUCUAACAAAUUUGAUACUAUCAGAAACUUUAGAAAUCCAAUUGUAAAAAUAGAUCCCACUAUCAUUCCAAAUCAUACACAACCCUCUUUCUAAUCUGUCCAAACAAAUUACUCAUUUGUAGUCGGGUGUAUCUUUUUCAAAAUUUACUAUAUAUACAAUACGCAACGAAUACUUGCUGUAAAACAACACAACAACAACACACAACUACUUACUACCUCAAUAUUGUUUUGUUGUUGUUUGAGAUCUCGCUUUGUUACUAUAUUAAUAGAAUCUUUGCUUUGAAAAAAAAACAAGCAACAUCAAACACUUGCGAAUUCAUCACAUACAACGCAGAGAGUUUUUCAAUAUAAAGAAAAUAUACACCACUUUGAAAGUAUUCUCUCUUCCCGCCCGCAGAUUUUGUGUUACUAAUUACUCAAUAAGAAUAAUAAUAAUUGUAUCCUUUGAAUUUUCAUUUAAAUCAGAAUAGAAAGAAUGGUCAUCUUACAACUCAAGAAGAUUAUGGUCAAUUCAUCAGCAUCAUCGACAUUGAAUAAUUCAGUGUCGUCACCACUGCAUGCUGUUUCUGCCACUAACCACCACACAACAACAACAAGUUUUGAAUCAUCCUCCAACCAUUGUAAAUCUUCCACUCCUUUUCUUGAUUCAUUUUCCUCUGCCUCAAUGAUUUCAUCCAAUGAAUUAUUCAAAGAUAGAUUGGAUUUGAAAAAGAAAAAACAACUCUCACUUAAUAAUUAUCAAACAUCCUCUCCAACUCUUAAUGUUCAACUGACUCCUAGUACUCCUACAACUCCUCAUUCACCAAGUCAUUUGGCUCAUUCUCCCAGAAAUGGAAAGCAGCCACGGUCUCGAAUGCAAACUACUGGAAUCCAUCUGAAAGAAAAAGUCAUUGAAGAAAUACCUAGUGUUUUUGAUGUUUGUUUUGCAACAGAUUUGAAAAAGGAAUCCUCUCAUCAAUCUGGAACAAUUCUGGAGAGUGAUGAACUGAAGCAAUUGCAAGAUACUCUAUUGGCAGAGUAUUGCAAACUCAGACCAGUCACCGUUCAGGUUGAUAGAGAACAACGAGCUGACAAGACAGCUGUCUGCUCAAUGAAACCACUCAUUUCAAUAACUCUUCAAUUGCCCCAUCUCAGUAGAAAGAAGAGAAACUAAUAAUAAAUUAUUCUAACUUGAUGAUAA